GAAAAGAGGAAGAAAAAAGCAACAUCUUCGUAGUUCGUACAGUACUGUUCCUCAGCUGUUUCUUUCCCUCCUCUUUUCAACCCCCAGCUGAAUCACCAACUAAGCUCCAAAAAGUGGCGCGGCCGCUCUCGUUGCCGUCUGUUCCUUUGCUCUGUUGUUAGCGAACCCAGUUGAGGAUCUCCUGAAGGGGGAGAGUGGGUAUCUGUCGUUUGUGGUAAUUCAAUGGAUACCAUGCUCAAGGCACAUAACAAGCUCGAAUGGCUGCCUCAAGUUCACGGCUUUUCCGAGAAAUGGAGCAAUUCGAUUUCAAGCUACUCUAGGGUUCAGAGCCAAGAGCUUGUUGUGAAGUCCUAUUCCAAAAGAGGCAGAAUUGUGGGGGUUGGAGCUAGCAGUAGUGCCCUUCUGGAGCUCGUGCCGGAAUUCAAGAAGGAAAACCUUGAAUUCGACCUUCCGAUGUACGACCCGUCGAAGGCUCGUCUUGUUGACCUAGCGGUCGUGGGUGGUGGUCCGGCAGGGUUAGCUGUGGCACAGCAGGUCUCCGAGGCAGGGCUUUCGGUUUGCUCCAUCGAUCCCUCGCCUAAACUGGUCUGGCCGAACAACUAUGGCGUCUGGGUUGAUGAAUUCGAGGCCAUGGACUUGCUCGAUUGCCUCGACACAACGUGGUCUGGUGCAGUCGUCCACAUUGACGAGAAUUCGAAGAAGGAUCUCGAUAGACCCUAUGGACGGGUCAAUCGAAAGCAAUUGAAGUCCAAGAUGCUGCAGAAAUGCAUCACCAAUGGGGUCAAGUUUCAUCAAGCCAAAGUUGUUAAAGUCAUCCAUGAAGAGUCCAAAUCGCUUUUGAUAUGCAAUGAUGGCGUUACGAUCGAGGCAACCGUGGUUCUCGAUGCUACCGGGUUCUCGAGGUGCUUGGUUCAGUAUGAUAAGCCUUAUAACCCGGGUUACCAGGUGGCAUAUGGGAUUUUGGCUGAAGUUGAGGAACACCCGUUCGAUGUGGAUAAAAUGUUGUUCAUGGACUGGAGAGAUUCGCACCUCAAAGGUGAGCUGAAAGAGAGAAAUGAGAAGAUCCCGACUUUUCUUUAUGCGAUGCCAUUUUCCAAGGAUAGGAUCUUCUUGGAGGAGACCUCAUUAGUUGCUCGACCUGGACUUGGUGUUAAGGAUAUCCAGGAGAGAAUGGCGGCUAGAUUGAUGCAUUUAGGGAUCAAGGUCAAGAGCAUUGAAGAGGAUGAAGUUUGUGUUAUCCCGAUGGGAGGGCCACUCCCCGUGCUGCCUCAACGAGUAGUGGGGAUCGGUGGCACAGCUGGUAUGGUUCACCCUUCGACGGGGUACAUGGUGGCAAGGACCCUUGCUGCUGCCCCAAUUGUCGCGAAUGCAAUCGUCAGGUUCCUCGGCUCCAGUAAUCGUGAUGAAAGCGGGUUUGUUGCUAACGGAGAUGAGCUUUCCGCGGAAGUAUGGAGAGACCUAUGGCCUAUACAGAGGAGGAGACAGAGGGAGUUCUUCUGCUUCGGUAUGGACAUCUUGUUGAAGCUCGAUUUGCCUGCCACGAGGAGGUUCUUCGACGCCUUCUUCGACCUGGAACCACGGUACUGGCAUGGUUUUCUGUCGUCGAGGUUGUUUCUCCCCGAGCUCUUGACCUUCGGGCUCUCGCUGUUUGCUCAUGCUUCAAAUACUUCUAGGAUAGAGAUCAUGUCCAAGGGCACUGUUCCUUUGGCCCGGAUGAUCAGCAACCUGGUUAAGGAUACAGAAUAAAUCUACACAUGAUUCCAUGGAUGAGAUACUGAAGUGGUGAUUUGUGACUGGCUGCCACGUUUCCUCAGCCUGCAUAUGAAAGGUGGACUUGUUUGGAGGUGGAGAGGUUCGCGGCUGCGCACGUGUUUAGUGUGCGCAAGACAUGUCGUACUGUAUAGUACUUUAUUGUCGUCGUGCAAGAUUUAGUAUUUAUACAACAAGUGUGAUGAUCGGUGUGAAGGUGUAAUAGUUAGGUGGGAGGAUUCGUGGUUGGGCGCGUUUAAUGUACGCCAGAUGUGACGUACCGUGUACUUGAGAGUUAUCGUGUAAAAUUCAGCUUUUUUAGAAACAUAUUGCGUCGUGUUUAUCAUUAAUAGAUUAAUUACUAUGUAUGCCUACCAACAUUGGCUAAAAAGGUACUGUUGUGUGGUGUAAUUAUCCUAUUUGAGUUUCCAUGGACUUUCAAAAGCUCCAAUAAGCAUCAAUGGAGAAAGAAAAG